AUCCAACAACUUGUACUAAAAGAAGAAACAAGUCCACUGUUUCUAAGUUACAUAGCAUAGCCCAAGGGGCAUAGAGGAGAAGACAGAAACAAUGGCCACUGCCUCAGCUUCACUCAUGGCUAGCCAACUCAAGGGUGGCCUUCUCUCCUCUAGCGCUAGGGGUCUUAUUGUUCCCAAAGGCCUUUCAUGCGCCCCAUUGAAGGACCUUCACUAUAGGAGAAGACUUUGCUUCACUGUCAAAGCCAUUCAAGCUGAGAAGCCAACUUACCAAGUGAUCCAACCAAUAAACGGUGAUCCAUUCAUAGGCAGUCUUGAAACUCCGAUCACAUCCAGCCCACUCAUUGCAUGGUACCUCUCCAACCUCCCGGCCUACCGCACGGCGGUAAGCCCCCUCCUCCGUGGCAUUGAAGUCGGUCUCGCCCAUGGUUACCUCCUCGUCGGCCCCUUUGUCAAGACUGGUCCCCUCCGGAACACUCCUUACGCUGGCAGCGCCGGCUCACUCGCAGCGGCUGGCUUGGUGGUCAUACUUAGCAUCUGUCUGACAAUGUAUGGUAUCGCAUCAUUCAAUGAAGGAGAGCCUUCUACAGCACCCGCAUUAACGUUGACCGGCCGGAAGAAGGAAGCUGACAAGCUUCAGACGGCGGAGGGAUGGUCCCAGUUCAGCGGGGGCUUCUUCUUUGGUGGCAUAUCUGGCGUUAUCUGGGCAUACUUCCUUCUUUAUGUUCUUGACCUGCCAUACUACAUCAAGUAGACUUUGUUUAUAUUAUGUGCUAGUGUGAUCUUCCUUGCCAUUGUAUAUCUUGGAACCAACUACAUCCAUUGUCACUCUUUUCAAUGUUUUUAAUUAUCUCUGGUGUUAUAAUAUGAAGUAGCGAUAUUGAGAGCUCUAA